AACAAGUUACUUUCCGGAUGGCGUAGUCGAUCUAGCUAACGUUGAUGUUAUUUUUUUACAAAUUCGCUUGGCCUUGGAUAUUAAUAGAGUCUAGCUGCAACUUUGAAGAUGUAGUCUGACCGAUUUAAGAUUCUAUGUCCAGAUAGCGAGUCCCAAUUACUGAAAUUGCAUUCUUCUGUGAAGCUUGUAACUUUAAGGAAGGCUAUCGGUAAUCAUGCCUGGAGCAUUGAAGAAACCUCUCUACAUCAGCUCCUCCCUAGAGGAACUCAACAAGAAGGUGGACCAGAACAUAACCAAGGGACAAACUUCGAAAAUAUUGGCUAGAUCAGCUAACAAGGUAUUUACUGAGGCAGAAAAAGCUGAUAAAAACCUUGAUGAGGAACGUGCCUAUGUGUUGUUCAUGAAGUACCUCACACUAUGGAAAGCUGUUCAGAAGGCAAAAGAUUAUAAGUUACACAAGGAUUAUAUUGAUACUCUCAUUGGUACUUCAGGAUGCAGAAAGGCUAUAGAUAAAGCAGAGGAACUCUCGGCAUCAUUGACCUUGAGGUACAAUGAGCUAGAGGAAGCAAAGGAAGCAAGUAAGAAACUAGAAGAGGAGAAAGAGAAAGUGAAAACAAAUGGUUUGAAGGAUGCCAAGUCCAAAGAUGGAGAUGAAGAUUCGGUGGAGAAUGGAGUUCCAGAGGAGGAGGAGAAGAAAAGAGAAUUAGGAAAAGAUGGUGUGGUCACUGCCAUUGAGCUUUAUCAUGAACUAGUGAGCAACACAAAUUCAGUCCUAAUCAUGGACGUCCGUCGAUCUGACCAUUUCAAAGACUCUCACAUGAACAUCGGAGAGUGUAUGAGCAUUCCUGCCGAGAUUCUGAAACCUGGAACGACUGCUGCUACACUGGAGAAGGGUUUAGGAGAGGAAGCCAAGGCUAUGUGGAAAAAGAGAACUGACGUGGAGUUCAUUGUACUCGUAGACUGGGACCAAUGCCAGAAUACAGACUCCACUCUUGCCAUCGUUCAAACUGCCAUGGUUAAGUGGGACUGGGGUACUACUUACAAGAAUCCAUCGCUGGUACUAAAGGGUGGAUAUGAGGACUGGCUCUUCAAAUACCCUAUGUAUACAAACAAUCCUCAUGCAAAGAAACCUGUAGAGAAGGGAGAAGAGACCAAGGAUUUGUUGGAUUUUGAUUACCCUGUAUUUGAAGAUGAAAAGCCACUGCCAAUGGCCCUACCUCCUCAACAACUGAACAAUGCACCAACAAGUCAGGCACCCUCAGUGCAGAAUGGCAAUGACAACGGUGUCCACCAGGACAGGAUGUUCUUCAUCUCUGGGAAACCUGGCCACACUAGCCAGCCUGGCCAAAGACCGGUAGUCAAUCGAUCCGUGAAGCCUGGUGCAACCAAACCCGAUCCACCUGCUCCUAGUAGAGAUCAGAUAGACUUAUCAAGAGACAAACCUAAAUCAACACCCACUCCUGUAGCUAAUCAAAUCAAUAAUAACCUAGAGAACAAGACGGCGCCACAGACAAAUCUUGCCAACAGUGGACCUGGACCUGCAGUGAGUACUACGAAGCCAACUCCUGCAAUGCCGGCUGUCAAUCGCAAUCUGAAACCCAAGGUUGAUAACAAAGUAGCAAACAUCAAUGUUAAAGAUUUUAGUGAUUCCACUGCUGAAAGUUCAAACGCCUCUGUGAAUAUCAAUAUCAAUAAGCCAAGGACUGAGCCAAGAGAUGAUAGUACUAUGUCCAUGAAGGAUCCUUCAGUGGAGGCAGGCAUGAAAUCGGAUGUACACUUAGAAGAGCUCAAAAAGAAAGAAGAGCAGGCUAGGAAUGACUUGAACAAGAUGCGUUAUGACAAGACGAAAGCUGAAAAUGAAAAACUCAAAGAAGAAAAGCUCGAAAUGGAGAAGAACCUUCUGAAACUACAGCAAGAGCUUGCAGAAGCCAAAGCAAGACAGGAACAACGGAAGAGAACAUCCCAGAAGACCUCUUCACCAAGCCAUACUGCACAGUCUCCAUCUCCUGUGGCUGCUGGGAGUAAGGAUGCUCCUGAUUCUGCUAGCAGUUCCAGCGAUGCUACCCCAACGACUGUUAGCUCCACACCAGCUCCAAGGGAGGAGACAACAGAUAGUAAGUCUAAGGAGCCUGCUGCUGAUAGAAAUGCUGUGCAACCCAAUCAAAAUUCAAAUGCUGCCACAGCAGAGAAAUCCGCUUCAGGAGCUUCUGUAGGAGAGGUCAGCACCUCAUCAAGUACUUCAUCAUCGGCAUCUUCACCACCUGUAACAAAACCAGCUGCAACUGCUCCAGCUUUGCCUAAGGGUUGGGAGAAACGAUUCGAUGAGAAGAGUAAACGCUAUUUCUAUAUUGAUCAUAACACUAACACCACCCAAUGGCACCCACCAGGGGAACCAUCCCCUAAGCCUGUGGCAAGCGAAGCCAAGGGAUCUAUCCAUGGUCCCACUACAGCAGUGGCUUCAUCAAAGCCCAAAGGUGAAAGCCCCUCAUCACGACCUUCUGGUCAGGUAACCCGCAAACCUCUCAAGUCCGACUCGGUGGAGCCUUCUGCCAAGUCAAGUGGUCUCAAGAGAUCCUUCUCCUCACCCAACAUCGCCCAGAUGGUGAUGAAUGAAGGUGAAGCAAGUUUCUCUAAACCAUUUCCAUCUGUGGAUAGGAGUACUAAACCAGUGGAGAGGCCACCACAGGUAAUAUCCCAGACUACUCACAGUAGAGUCCGUCAUCUCAAUCCAGUGCAUGGGAGCCAAGGUCGUGCAUUGACUGGUCUACGAAACCUUGGUAACACCUGUUUCAUGAACUCUGUGAUCCAGUGUCUAAGUAACACUACACCACUUGCCAAGUACUUCAUCACAGAAACCUACCUGCGUGAAAUCAAUAGAGCUAACCCCUUGGGGAGGGGGGGUGAAGUGGCCGAAGAGUUUGCAGCGGUGGUCACUGCACUGUGGACAGGUCUGUAUCGGUCAAUCGCACCAAGAGACCUUAGAGACACUGUCACCAAGUAUGUACCUGAAUUCAGGAAGCAUGUCGGUCACCAUCAUGAUUCACAAGAGUUUCUUCUAUUCCUCAUGGAUGGGCUCCAUGAAGAUUUGAAUGAGGUCAAGAAACGAGAGUACAUCAAGGAAGAAGACUUCAGCAAGUAUCCAGAUGAGCAGGCUGCCACCCUCUCCUGGCAAAACCAUGACAAGCUCAACAGGUCUAUCAUCGUCAGUCUAUUCCAGGGUCAAUUCAAGUCCACAGUCCAGUGUCUAUCGUGUAACAACAUAUCUGUGAAGUUUGAGGCAUUCAUGUAUCUGUCUCUACCCAUACCAUCAAACAGCAGGUGUACCCUCAAUGAUUGCCUGCAGAGGUUCUCACAGCCAGAGAAACUUGCCGGAGACAACGCCACACACUGCACACGUUGUAAAGGAAAACGAAACUCUAAGAAAACCAUUCUUAUCUGGAAACUGCCCAACAUACUCCUUAUACAUCUCAAGCGUUUCUAUUACGAAGGCAUGUGGCGACAGAAGCUGCAGACCAAUGUUGAUUUUCCCAAUGAUCUCACGAUGGAUCGCUAUGUGAUAGGUCCAAAACGCAGAGAUAUUUAUCAGCUCUAUGGUGUCUCAAAUCACUCCGGAGGUCUCGAUGGUGGACAUUACACUGCAUGUUGUAGGAAUGCUGCUAAUAAAAGAUGGUACAAAUAUGAUGAUCAUGAAGUCUAUGAUGCCUCACAGAGUAGUAUAAAGAGUUCCGCAGCUUACAUUCUCUUUUAUUCAUCUAUACCCCUGUCUCCUCCGUGAGUGGAAUCAGCCAAGGAUUCAUGUCACUCACCUUUUUAGAGCCAUCUGUCAUUGGUGCAGGAAAUCUUGCUAGCCUGCCGAAGAUUGGCAAAUGUUACAAUGAACAAGCUCUCAAGAUGCAGCACUGUCUAUUAACGAAUAGAUGUGUAAACUAAUUUGUUGGGAUCUUUAUUGAAUUCUUGAUUGUGCUCUUUUCAAUGAGAUUCUACUUUUCUGUAUUAUCAAUCCUUUCUUACCAUUUCUCCCUGCCUCACUUGCUUAUAUAUAAAAAUAUUUCUAGGAAAUGCAUAAGUCUCUGAGCUUUCAUACUCUCUUCAUGUCAUUUAAAACUAGAAUUUCAUGGCAAAAAAUUCCAUUGUAGUAAUUGCUCUACAGAUGCAUUUGUAUUGGAAAUGAAAAUAUGAAAGUACAUGAGGAUAUUGGAGCUGAACAUUCCUUCCCGCCUUGUUUGUGGUGACUGUGGGUCUACAUACUCGUGCAGGGCAACUAGAUGUUGGAGGAAGUGAAUAUAUUUUUAGUUGAUCCAACAAUCUCUGUAUCUCACACAAAACUUGUGUGUUUACAUCCCAAUUAUCCUAUUAUUGCUUUGAAGUACCCUGUUUUACCUGAUAAUCACAUAAUGAAAAUGAACUAUCCCUUUAAUUAUAGGUUCUUCCAAAUUCUCUUUCCAUUAACUCACCCCCUUCUCUCUUUCGAUCAUUCUCCCUUGCCACCUUAUUCAUUUCCCUUUUUUGUAUGAAGUGAAUUGCCAAUCAGGGUUAGAUUUUUUUUAUUUCAUAAGCAAAUACUUUUUUCUUGUGUCUGUGAUAUAUAGGGGAUUUUACAUGUUGGAUGUCAUUUGAUCUAAUAAUAUGCUUAAAAUCUAUAAUCAUUUUUUUUCUAGUUCCCAAGGUCCUUGACUUCAGCCGAAUUAUUAUUUUUUCUUCUGAUUUUUAAUCUGUAGACUAAAAUUCCUCCUUUCCAUAUUUUCUUGAACUUUGUUGUGACCUAAAAAUAAGAAGUUUUAUUAAGAUUUUUUUAUGUGACAAACAAUGAAAAUGAAUUGCAAUAUUUGUAAUAUAAAAAAUCACACACAUUAUCUGUAUAUUUUGAGAUUCAAGUGUUUCUUAUGUAAAAUGCAUAUAAUAUUAUAUAACUGCCAUGUGUGUAAAUUUCUCUACCUGAUAUAAGCUGUUUGUAUUAUCCAAUCCUUAACAAUACAGCUGUACGUUUGUGAAUCACAUUCUAGUAUAAGAAAGUAAAUGUUUUCUUGUACUUCAUACUAGUGUGAAUGGGUAGCCCAGAAUUGGUGAAAAUGCUUUUAUCAUCUUUGGAGUCGUAUGAAUAUUUUGUUGUGCAAUUGAGAAUGUCUUUAUCAUUCUUAUCCUUCAUAUCACUCUCAUUCUUUUUAUUUCACCCAGACUAAUAUUGCAAGCUCUUGUUUUAGUAUUAUAUCCAAGAGUGUAUACUUUUCACUGUUGCAAGAAAUGGCCCAUAAUCUUUAAGAUCACGAAACACUUUACAAUUUGUCUGAGAUCUGAUGUUUUCUAUACUUAAAUAAACUUGAUAUGAAAAUUAAAACAUGUGAAAGUAUUUUGUUCAUAGUUAUUGAUAGUGUUAUGAGUAAUCAAGUUAAAUUUUGAAGUUCUUAAUCAUUGUGAUGUUGUGAUCGGCCAUGUAUGAUAAUUUAUUUAUAACAUUUAUGCAGUAUAAUUUAUUUUCAACUCAAUAUCAAAAGUAAAAUGUGAUUUUAAAAAGUAUGGCCCCAUUCAUUUCCUGUUGUGAGAAUCGGGCUUUAAGAGCAUAGAGGUCAUGAUUAAAGGGGUACUCCAGGCUGAGAAUGAUAUGAUUUAAACAGAUAAAGUAAAAUCAGACAACAAAACAUGAACAUUUCAUCAAAAUCAAGGAAUAACAAAGUAAUUAAAUGUUAAAGUUGUGCAAUAUUUCUAUGCAUGUCUUCAUGAAUAUGCAACAAGCAAGUUGUGGAUAUCAUCUCUCCAGUUCUUUUAUAUUUUAUUACAGGAUUUUUUAUUUUUGGUUAAAUUUUGCCCCCCAAGAAUAUAAAAAUAGGACUGAAUACUAAUUGAGUACAAGGGAGACAUAUCAUACAUACUUGUAUGAAAUGAUUAUGAUUUUGUAUAGUAUCAAAGGAAAAGAAAGAGUUGGGACAAGACAUCAUCAGCCCACCUCCUGCAUGUAGCUUGCAUAUUACCAGUUUCGCAAAAUAUUGCUGAAUUUCAAAUUUCAAUGAAUUUGUAUUUUUUACCAUGAAAUUUAAUGAGAUGAUAUUAUUUUCAGCCUGAGGCACUACUUUAAGUCAGUAUGAAAUUAGCUUUAUUUAAGAUGCCUUUUUUUCAAUUGAACAAAAUUUGUACUAUUCUCUGUUUUUAUUUAUGUUAAUGUUUUGUUUUCUCAAUGAUCAACUGAAUUGAAUGUGUUAACUAUUUUGUGAUUGGUGUGUGAAGAUUUAUUUCCCUUUCUGAUGUGAAAACUAUUGUUUUUAUCAGAUUUCAUACAUCAUUUGUUUUUAUUCAAAUAGAAAGUUCAUUGUUUGAGCCUUCAUUGUUCCCAAACAUAAUUUAGAGUGCAGAGUAUUAAGUGGAAUUUAUUGUACUUUAACAUUACAAUGGGCAUUUUUAAGUACAUUUUUCUUUGUCAAGCAGAUUGAACUAUCAUAUUCUCUUUAUUUUUUAUAUAAUAUUAAAAUAUAAUAUUCCGGAACUGUAGUUUGGUUUGAUGUGUAUAUAUUCUAUAUAAUUCAACCUUAUCUUUUGAUUGAAAAGUAAGAGUAUAUAGAGUGUAGGCAUAUUAUAAAGUUGUAAAAAGUUGUCUCAAUGUCAUCAAUAUCAUAGUGGAUAUGAUCUAAUAAUCACUUAAACCUGAAUUGUAACCCUUUCACGGAAGUAAAAAAAAAGUAUAAAUCUCAAUGCAAAACUCUAGAAGGAAGAGGAUUUAGGAUGAUAGUGCUAUGGUUAAAUAUUGGAUGAGAAAAAGGAACUUCCAUGUGCAUUUGCCUUUUAGUUUGUCUAAAAAUAUUUCUUUGUGUCAUUUGUUUAUCAGAAUUAUAUUGUUAUAGUUAAAACACGUUUUCUAAGCAGUUUUCUUAUUUGCACUUUUAUUUUUAUUAUAUUUAUGAAAGUGAAUUUGCAGACGAGU